GGGCUCGGCCAGCGGCAGCAGCGGCAGCAGCGGCAGCAGCGGCGGCAGGAGCAGGGCGCAGGCAGCAGCGCCGCUUCGCUGCCGUCUGGCGGAGCGGAGCGAAGCGAAGCGGCCGGCGGGUCACGCCGCGCCCCGUCGCUGCUCUCUCCCCCGCGUUCCUGUGAGCCGCUCCCCGCCCGGGUCCCGCGGGUGCAGCAUGAAGUGCGGCGAUGGCCCGGAGAGGUAAGACGGCGGUGAGGACGCUGGAAGACCUGACGCUGGACUCCGGGUAUGGUGGUGCGGCGGACUCGGUGCGCUCCUCCAACUUGUCGCUGUGCUGCUCGGAUUCGCACCCCGCGUACCCCUAUGGAGGAAGCUGCUGGCCGCACCUAACUGACUCCAUGCACAGUCGGCACAACAGCUUCGACACCGUCAACACCGUCCUAGCGGAAGACUCCGAGGUGCUGGACUGCGCGGGGCAGCAGUGCUCUCGGCUCCUGCCCGACCUUGAGGAGGUCCCCUGGAGCCUGGAGGAGGUGGAGGCACUGCUGCUGCCGCCGCCGCGCCGGGAGCCGCGGGCGCCGGGCGCCGCCAGCCCCGGGAGCCGGGAUGCGGCGGCGCGGCUCUCGACGCUGGUGAGCCGGGCGCUGGUACGCAUCGCCCGGGAGGCACAGCGGCUGAGCCUCCGCUUCGCCAAGUGCACCAAGCACGAGGUGCGGAGCGCCAUGGAGAUCGUCCUGGGCUGGACGCUGGCGGCCCGCUGCACGGCAGCCGCCCUCGGCGCCCUCUCCCUCUACAACAUGAGCAGCAGCGGCGGCGACCGCUUCAGCCGCGGCAAGUCGGCCCGGUGCGGACUGGCCUUCUCCGUGGGCAAGUUCUACCGCUGGAUGGUGGACAGCCGCGUGGCCCUGCGCAUCCACGAGCACGCCGCCAUCUACCUCACCGCGGGCACCGAGAGCCUUUUCCGCGACAUCCACGCGCGGGUGCUGGCCGGCCCCGCCGCCCCUCUCCCGCCGCCCGGCCGCCCCCCGGCCGCCGCCGCUGCCGCCCCGGCCGAGAAGGAGAAGGAGGGCGGCGAGGCUCCCCGUUUCACCCUGGAGGCGCUGGAGCAGACGGUCAACAACGACCCCGAGCUCUGGGGCUUGCUGCAGCCCUACCAACACCUCAUCUGCGGAAAGAACGCCAGCGGUGUUCUCUGCCUGCCGGACAGCUUGAACCUUCACAAGGACCAGCAAAGGUCAAACAAGCCUGGGGAGGUGCAGAUGUUCAGCCAGUCGGAGCUAAGGACCAUUGAGCAGUCUCUACUUGCCACACGCGUGGGGAGCAUUGCUGAACUCAGUGACCUGGUGUCUCGAGCGAUGCAUCACCUGCAGCCCCUCAAUGCCAAGCAGCACGGGAAUGGGACACCAAUGCACCAGAAGCAGGGAUCGUUCUACUGGGAGCCAGAGGCUCUCUACACCCUCUGCUACUUCAUGCACUGUCCACAGAUGGAGUGGGAAAACCCCAACGUGGAGCCGUCGAAAGUCACGCUGCAGACUGAGAGGCCGUUCAUCGUGCUGCCUCCGCUGAUGGAGUGGAUUCGGGUGGCGGUGGCUCACGCGGGGCACCGGCGCAGUUUCUCGGUGGACAGCGAUGACGUGCGGCAGGCGGCCCGGCUCCUGCUGCCGGGAGUUGACUGCGAGCCUCGGCAGUUAAAGAUCGACGACUGUUUCUGUGCCUCUCGGAAGCUGGAUGCGGUUGCCACCGAGGCCAAGUUCAAGCAAGACCUGGGUUUUCGGAUGCUCAACUGCGGCCGAACGGAUCUGGUUAAGCAAGCCAUAUCCUUGCUGGGGCCGGAUGGGAUCAACAGCAUGAGCGAGCAGGGCAUGACUCCACUGAUGUAUGCUUGUGUCAGGGGUGAUGAGGCUAUGGUGCAGAUGCUGCUAGAUGCUGGAGCAGAUCUGAAUGCUGAGGUUGUCAGUACUGCUCAUAAAUACCCAUCCGUCCACCCUGAGACCCGCCAUUGGACAGCUCUGACAUUUGCUGUGUUGCAUGGACAUAUUCCUGUAGUUCAGCUAUUGCUGGAUGCUGGAGCAAAAGUAGAAGGUUCCUUAGAGCAUGGAGAGGAGAAUUACUCUGAAACUCCUUUACAGCUGGCAGCAGCUGCUGGAAAUUUUGAACUGGUCAGUUUGCUGUUGGAGCGAGGAGCUGACCCCAUGAUAGGAACAAUGUACAGGAACGGCAUUUCCAUGACUCCACAAGGUGACAUGAACUCUUUCAGUCAGGCUGCUGCACAUGGACACAGCCAUCCAGAGGAACAUAGAUACAGGAACGUUUUCCGCAAGCUGCUUGCUCAGCCGGAGAAGGAGAAGAGCGAUAUCCUGUCGCUGGAGGAGAUCCUGGCUGAGGGGACGGACUUGCCCGACUCGGCAGCGGCUCCGCUCUGCGCCAGCCGCAACAGCAAGGCCAAGCUGAAGGCCCUGAAGGAGGCCAUGUACCACAGCGCCGAGCACGGCUACGUGGAUGUCACCAUCGACAUCCGCAGCAUAGGGGUUCCCUGGACGCUGCACACGUGGCUGGAGUCUCUGCGCACGUCCUUCCAGCAGCACCGACGACCCCUCAUCCAGUGCUUGCUCAAGGAGUUCAAGUCCAUCCAGGAAGAAGAGUACACUGAGGAGCUUAUCACUCAAGGAUUGCCUCUGAUGUUUGAGAUACUGAAGGCCAGCAAGAAUGAGGUGAUCAGCCAGCAGCUCUCUGUCAUUUUCACUCAUUGCUAUGGACCCUACCCCAUCCCAAAGCUUGUGGAAAUUAAGCGCAAGCAGACCUCCCGCCUGGAUCCCCAUUUUCUUAAUAAUAAAGAGAUGUCAGAUGUCACAUUUCUGGUGGAAGGAAGACCAUUUUAUGCACAUCGAGUGUUGCUAUUUACUGCAUCACCAAGGUUUAAAGCACUGCUGUCUAGCAAGCCCGCAUCUGAUAGUACUUGUAUUGAGAUCAACUACGUGAAGUACCCCAUCUUUCAGCUGGUUAUGCAGUAUCUUUAUUAUGGAGGUGCAGAGUCACUCCUGAUUAAAAAUAAUGAAAUUAUGGAGCUUCUCUCUGCUGCUAAAUUUUUCCAGCUUGAAGCUUUACAACGACACUGUGAGAUCAUUUGUGCAAAAAGCAUUAAUACAGAAAACUGCGUGGAUAUUUAUAAUCAUGCCAAGUUCCUCGGCGUCACAGAACUAUCUGCCUAUUGCGAAGGCUACUUCCUGAAAAAUAUGAUGGUCCUCAUUGAAAAUGAAGCUUUCAAACAAUUGUUGUAUGACAAGAAUGGAGAAACAUCUGGUCAGAAUGUACUAGAGGACUUACAGAGGACGUUGGCCACAAGGAUUCAGUCAAUUCAUUUGUCUUCUUCAAAGGGCUCCAUUGUGUAAAGCUGAGGAAGAUGGUAACCCUCUAAUAACAGACCCUGCAAGUUAAGUCUGCUGUCGCAGUUGCUCAAACCUGUUGCAGUUGCUUAAAUGACUACAAAAAAAGAAAAUGUGAAAAAUUCUACGUCGCAUCCAAAUAGCUCUGUUUUGGCCAAAGGUGCUGCUGUGCUGGGGCUGUGUCCCCAUCUGGAUGAGAGAACACAGAAAACAAAGUUCCUCCCUGGUUUUGAGCAAGCUGGGUACCAGAGUAUCCGGUGAAUUGCUGUUGUACUCAAAUUCUGAACACGAGCCUGUUCGUGGAGCUUGAUGCCAACAAAAGCCAGAACUCACAUCCAUGAACAGCAGAAGUCCCUGCCUGAAGGGUAGUGCUGGGGAACACCUGAAUUGACCAAUUAAUCAUUAAAGUCAGAUUUGUUCCAGUGUUACACAGUUAAGAACUAUAUCUAUCCCGGAGUCCAUUAUCUUGUGCAUUUAAGAAAUGUAAGAACUGUUACUGCUGUCCAGCUAAGAUCGGCUGUAUUAGAGAGUGGGUAAGACUGUUAUAGUUGAGGAAAUAUACUGGCAGAUUUUUAGGGGUGGGAACUUUUUAACCUGUUCAUAAAAAAAAUGGGGUGGCCUUGUAGUUUAAAGACUAUUUCUUAAGCUUAAAAUUUCGUUUUCAACAGAGCUGUGUUUGAGAAUCUAUGUAACACGUUUUGGUUUUUUAAAUGGUAAAAUGUACAUUGUGUAAACACACAUAUGAUCAAGUUCUGCUUGUAUUCUUUCCUAGAAUGGUAUAAUCUUGCCUGAAAGGCUGUGGUUACACCAAAGAGGCACAUUACCCAGACUGUCUCUAAUACAGUAGUUGGGGGGGCAGGAGAACUGCAUGCUACUCGUGAUUUGGGGUUGAAAUCAAUGACAAACUCAACUAACAUGCGUUUGCAUGGUAACUGUACCUGUGAGAUGUUAUGUUCGUGCUUCGUUUCGCCAAGACAAAUGCAAUGUUACUUCUUGUCAAACUUCAGUUGUGAAAUUAGCUUAUUUUUUUAUCUGGUGCGAUUGGCUGCGAAAUGCUGCCCCUGGAGCUCCUUCUGGAGAUGCUGAUUUCUGUUUGUUGCAGUGAAGAGAUAGUAACAGAUCUUUACUUUAGUGAUGUGUGGAUAUUUUGCUACUGGCCAGCGAUUGUGUCUGAGUUAGACUUUUUAAAAUUAUAAUUAAAUAUGUACUAUAGAAUGAUUUCUCACUGUAUCCUGAGAAUGUAUAGGUUAUCUACAAAUGCAGGGCUUGGGUGGGGUGGGGUUGGGGGGUGUGAUUUAAAUGUCAAAGCUUUGUUUAUUUUGCAGCAUAUUGUUAGCAAGACAAAUCUGCCAUGUGCCACAACAUUCCUGAUGCCCUGUUUCUGAAAACCACAGUAAGAAGUAGGCAAAGAUGUUGCCUUCUCCAUGGCAAAGUGAUAUUAAUAUAUUUAUUUUCUAGUGUGCCAUUCAGAAAAUUUAGAAGUUUGCAUGUUAACCUCUUUUUCUUUUGUUGAAGCCUCUACAUCAGGUGCCCUUCCAUGUUGAUAGCUUUUGAUGUGCUCAGUUUUGGCUUUAGCUAUCAACACAGUAGGAAGCUGUUUCAUGACUCUGAGGUGUAAAUCCUCCUUUGUGCUUGGUUUUCUAGAGCCUCCACAGUUUCUGCAACAAAUGACAAAAUGUCUAAACUGCCACUCGUGUCUCAGAGACACAGCAUGUCAGUCAAUUAGACCUUGUUUUCUGCAUAGUAGCUGUUCACACAAGAUGUUGCCUGGAACAUUUAAGUAAUGGCUACUUCUGUGUGAAUGUUGUGCUCAUAGAGAAGCAAGACCAUAGUUACUACAACAGAAACACACCAGGAUGCUUGUUGCUUGGUGUGCCUUCUCAUCCAUGGAAACCCAUCCUUCUAUGACAAAAGUAACUAGCUGAGAGCAGAUCUCACCCUGCAGCCUCAUGGUUUAAAAUAGCUAAGUUUUUUUAAAUAUAAUCAUUAUAUUAAAUAGGAAGGAAACAGUGGUAACUCCAUGCUAGUCCUUCUUCUGAGUUGAGAGUAUCUGUGGUAAAGUUCCACUAGGGUUUUUUCAGCAAUAAAGGGCUUAAUAGGGCCUUUGGUGGCUGUAUGUGGAGUGGUGACCAUGUUUGGGCACCCUGAGCUGUUAGAAGAAGGGAUUGGAGCUAAGGAUUUAUACAGGAAUAACUUUUGCCCUUGGAAACUCUGGUAAUCCCAACAUCACAGAUAGUAUAGAUGAAAGAAACCUUAAAAAAAUGAGUCAUAACUUUCAAUUCUUUUUUGACCAGUGGUCCCCAGGGCUUUUGCCAGCAGAACAACCAGCCUGUGUAAACCUGGCAUUCAUUUCUCCUGGAAGCAGCCAGCAAACCUUUGUGGAUCCACAAACCAGAGUUUGGAAAUGGUGAUUUUAGUCUGCCUCUCCGGAUAGGAGGCUGGGUGAGGUCCAGCUGAACCAUGCCAGACAAUGUGCAGCAUGCAGGCUCUUCAAAAAUCCAGUCACAGGCAUCCAUGAUCUUCACCACCCUCAUAAUCAGGUUUUCCUAAGAGACUUCAGCAUUUCUUUACUGCAAAUCAAGUCACUUUUCCUUCAAGUCCUGACUGACAGGAAAAACAGAUGAUCCUACAAGAUCUUUAUGAAUGAAAGGAAUUACCCUACUUUCAUCACUAGUAUAGUCUCUCUGAGUUCCUUUGUUUAGUGUUUUCUAGGUCUCUGAUUUUUGCUGUCAUUCCCCUCAUGGCUUCUCAUUUCCCCCAAAAUUCCAUAUUUCAGCAGGAGUUUUAUACAUUAACAAGUAAAGCAGAGAAACUAUUUGCUGUGGUUCAUGUAAAGCAUAUCAGAAAAUAUAUCCCCAGAUAUUUUCUACGAGAACAUCCCAUGGCUGACUUUGAUCUAGUGUGCCUUGUAAUUCCUGAGGGAUUCACUGCUGCCUUUCCAGGAGUUCCACCUUUAUUUGUGCAUUUGUUUACUACACCUUUCAAAGUAUAACACUUUCAACUUCUCUUUAUUAAAUUUGUUCUGCUCUAAUCAGGGCAAUUUCCCCACUUCAUCAAGAUCAAUUGCAAUUCUGAUCCUGUCUUCUAGCCUGUUUCAUAAUCUCCAACCUUUGUUAUAUGUGGCUUCAUGCAUGGAUUCUUCAUUCCAUUUAUCUGGGGCUGGGGGGAAGGGCUCUUGUCAAUUUAAUCUAAAAAGCAAUGUGCAUUUCAGUGGGUGCCCGUGAAUACCAUCCCUAUCAGAUAAGGCUCUUUCCAACUGAGCAUUUUAUUAGCAUUUUUCUGAGACAUGGUGUUACCAUCUUGGAAAUAAAAAGCUUUCUGUUCCUUUAGUCUUUGUAUGAGUUGCAAUAAUUUACAAGUUUUGAGGCCAAAUAUUGCCUCCAGUCUUGGUGAAAUGGAAAAAAAAUACAACAUCUUUAGAAAAAUUUAGGAUUUUCUUUUUUAAUCAUAACAUUCUAGCCUGUAACGAGUGAAGGUGCCUUCUCAUCUGUCAUUUUUAUACUAAUCCACUGCUGUAGUAUUUGAGGACUUACAGACAUCCUGUCCCUGCCUCAUGGCAGAUCUUUCCUUAUGUCCCUGCAUGGUCCUCCCUUAGUUUCCAGAAUUUCCUCCCGUUCCCACUUUGGUUCACGUGCUGCCAGUUUCCACACUUCCCAGUUUUUUUCCUCUACAGCCGUGCUGGAUUCCUUCCCAAGCCCAGAAAUGGUAUCUGUGUUGCCCUGAAUAGUUGAUUUUCCAAUAAUUGGCUCAAGAGCUGGGAAGAGAAAAGGAUGGGGAAUGUAGGAGGGCAAAGGUUUUGGACAUCACAGGGGAAGGCUGGUAUUCUUUUCACUACAAAUUUCAGCACUGUCCACUUGUUUCUCAGAUUUUCCCCUGAUCUAUUCCUUAGGCCUGUUGUCCUCUAAACACAGCUGGUGGCCAGGUGCUCUCUGUUCUGGAAAAGGGCCAGCUUUCUAAUGGCUAAGACUAUUUUUUCCCCAGCUAAAAUUUUUGCCUGCUUGGUUUCAGCUCCGGAGUGGAUUUGUGCAAAUGUCUGUUAAAGACAGAGGAAACAUCUUUAAAAAGGUGUGAAGGUUUAGUAGCCAGGCUCCUACUGGCACUAAUGAGAGCUGCUUGCUGAAUCCUCCACAUGCUGCUUUGGACACUGAGCCUUUUGCCACUGAAUAUCCACUGGCUUCAUACCAAACCCUGCACAAAGCCUGGAUGGGCUGUAGUGUGUGGUAUGCUUGGGGCUUUCAGAAAUUGUGGUUUUGUUUCAAAGCAUAGCACCAUGUGCUGCUCUUUAAAGGUUAAAAGAAAAAGGGAAAUGGUCAGUUUGCUCUGAAAUGAGCUGCUCUGAGCUGGUGCAGUGAUAAAAAUGAAAGGACAUCUCCUCUUCUGAGCUGUACCUGUCUAAAACCAGAGCAGGGUUCUGUUACAGCAUGGAAUGCAGCUAGGUCUGUGGAGACUCAGGCCUGCAGGACCCUGUUUAAGUGAGGGUUUUGUGUUCCAGAAAAAUACAUUGGUAACACAUUCACAUACUCAAGAUGAGGAUUAGGCCCUCCUAGAAAAAGCAUUCCUAGUGCUCCUGUCUAUGGGUUAAAUCCUGGGAGAAGCUGGAAACCUGCAGAACUAGUUGAAGUCAGUUGCACAUAUUCAGGGUCCCUCAGGAACUGGCUCUGUCUUAAAAAUACUGCUGAAAGAUGACAGCCUGAAGCCUGCAUUCAGGCAUUCACUAAAGUUGCCUCUGAAGCCACUGGAUUCUUUUUUUUUUUUCUUGUGAAUUAGAGUUACCCAAAGCCAAAGACUUUAAGUUAAUUUGUUUGACCAAGUGGCUUUCAUGUGAGGCUCUGCAAGUGCUUUACAGAAAUGAGGGGCCUGAUGUUGCUUUCAUCUGCUGGCACAGAGAUGUUGAAAUUUAUAAGAAUUUUAAAAACUGCUUAGGAUUUGUCCUAAAAUUUAAUAAACUAGUGUGCAGGAAGUUAGCCUUGAAAUAGCCCUCAUAUAAUUUCUGAAACCCCAUAGAUGAGAACAUUGCUAAUGUUAGAUGUCAACCUAUAAGCAGACAGACCUGCAGCACUUCCAUACAUUUAUAGCAAAAUUAUUAUGUUAUUUUUUAACUUGUUAUUUAUUUUUAGGUAAGGCCUGUUAUCUUCAGUGGGUGAAAACAGAGGCUGCCCACUCUGACCAGAUUAUCACAUUUCAAUACAAUUGCACCUGACCUGCUAUUUGUAACUGGCCUUCAAGUGCAAAAAACAGCAAAGCCAAGUCUUCAGCUGUGGCUCAAUGCUCCAUGAUUUCAAUGAGACCACUGCUGAAAAUAUUAUGCAUGUGGUUCCCAAAGCAGAAGAAAAAUCUGGUAACCUUCAGAAAGACUAAUGGGAAUUUGUCAGCUGCCUUCAGUGAGCCUUUGAGCUGGGGAAGAAAGCUCAGUGUGGGUAGGAGGAGAGCAUCCAGUGUCCUUUUGUUGCCAUUAAGCUGUCAUUCUUUCAGCUCUGUCCAAGGCUUCUUGCAUGGAACAGCCAUGAAUGGCCUAGUGUGUGUUUAUCUUGGAUGCAUGCACAGGACUUAAAAUGUGGUAUCUCACCUCCUCAAAGUCAAGAGUCUCAUUAGACGAUGUGUUUUGUGCUUUGCUUGGACUGCUUGUCACUAAAACACCCAGGAGAUGUGGCAGCAACUUACAAGAGAGGUUAUGUUGACUGGAUAGGCUAAAUUCUACAAACACCUUGUGCUUUGCUUAUUUAGUUGGCUAAAUCCAUCCACCUAAUUGUACCAGAACAGCAACUUUGUUGUUUCUUUUCCUUUGGAGAGGCAUUUUUUACCUUUCUUUGGGCUGACAGUUUUGUUCUUUUGUCCUGUAGAGGUGGUGACACUGUGUGAAUGGGCAUGCUUAGCUGAGGCACAGGUUUCUGUCCGUGUUGGAUGGCACACUAAUGAAGAGGUUUUAGUAAGGGAAGAGGAUUGGGUACAAGAAUUUGAAUGUAUAACCCCAGAUCUUUGCCUCUGGUUCCAGAGAUAUAGUGUUCACUGUUGCCUAAUUCAUUUGUUCUCCAACUCAGAGUUUCCAUGAAAUCAAAGGGAAGGGGAGAGCAGGAAGGGGAGAAGCAGCCCCAUCUCUCACCCUUGCUUGGCAUUCCCAACCAGCCCAGUUGGCUCCAGUCUCUUCAGUGCUCACACAGAGGGUUUGCUUGGUCGCACGCUCAGAUAUGGCCAUGGAGUUGAAGCAGUUGGUGGCACUUUCUUGUCCUUACAAAUAUCUCUGCUGCUGCAAGAGCAAAUAUGCCUGCACCCCUUUGUGUGUGGUUAACUUUGAUCUUUCUACUUCCCAUCAUCUCUGCUGCUGUGUUUUCAUUAAAACUUCCAUUACUUGGCUUUGCCCAGCUCAGUGAGAGGCAAUCUUGUUUCUUACUGCCUUUCUAAAGCAAACAAAGACAGGGAGAAACCUCACUGAUAUAGCCAAUCAAAAAUCAUUUAUGGUUUACAAUAAGCCCCAUUAGGAAAUGGAGAUGCUCAGAAACAAAAAACGAGACUGCCACUUUAGGAAAACCCAGUGUGUUGGGAGGUCAAAACCUUAUUCUGGCAGGGAUGGAUUAACAUGUUUCAAAACAUCUGGACUUGCUCAAACUACAGGUUCAAGAGAGUCCACCCUUUCACCUUCCCAGCAGUGGACAAAUUGAAUAUCCUGUAGCUUACUGCAUGAGAGGCUUUCAGAUGAGCCUUUCCAAAGUCAGGUUCUCUCUGUUCUGCAUAGCUUUUGAAGAGCUCACAGCACAUCUGCAGGCUGGGAUUUACCCCUCAGCACAGUCGAAAGCCCCUUGUGCCCCAGUGCUGGUUGUGCCAUACUGGAUCAGAAAGCAGGAAGGAGCGCAGGAAGCCUCUGGAGCCUCAUCCAAGUGAAAGCUGCUUUCCCAGCAUCCAAGCAGUCCCUUGGUCAAAUACCCUGCUUAACCCAGUCAGUUCAAUACCUUGGGAACUGAUUUUUGCCUUGCAAUUAUUAAGCCAAUGACUAAUUGUGCCAUUUGGGGAUGCAGUAAAAUGUGCAGUCUUACUUCAGUUGUGAGUUUAUGUUUAGCCAUUGAAGAAUACAAGGACUAUAGGAAAGUAUCUCAGAGCUUUUUGACCUCAUGUUCCUGGCUAAAUUCCAAUUAGUACUAGAAAAACUUGACCUAUUUAAGUCCCACCAGUGCAUUUUGACCAGGAGGUUGCUUCCUGUCCCUGUUUCUCUGGAGCCUUGCAGCUGUUGUGCGGCCGUAUGUGCUGUGCCAGGGGGGAACAGAGGUGCCUGAACAUUAUGCAGACACCAGAUAAAUAAAUCCUGCUCUCUGCAAGGCAGGACAUUCCUCCUACUGAUCUCUUUGGCAUUAUGGGGAAGAUUGAAUAAUGCAUCUCUGCUGUUUACAGUCCCAAGUUAGGAUCUGUGCUCUUUUCCCCCACUCUCUCUUGGCUCUGCCAUCUACCACAGAGAGGGAUCUGGAUCCUGCAGUUUUUGAAGAGCAGUAAAGAAAAACCCACAGGAAAUACCACGUUGUCUCAACCUGCUCUCCCCACCCCCAGUAACAGGUGGGCUGCUAGAGCAUCCUCAAGUCCCACUCCUUUGAAAGCUUCUUGUAAAUGCUAUUUGUACAUUAGUUAUCCUCAGAGCAGGCUUUUCAUUAGGUUAAAGUCUGGGAAGUGUCUUAAGUCAUUCACAGCAGAAGUGAGAUUGUGAAAUAAUUUAAUUCUAAUCAUCCAUGCUGAGAAUUUUCUGUUUCUUUGUGGGUUUUGGUGUUGUGUUGGUUGGCUGUUUUGGGGGGGGCUUGGGUUGUUUUUUUUUUUUUUUUCUCAUUUUGUUUUUGUUUGGUUUAGUUAUUUUUUCAUUGGGAAGAAAAGAUUGAGCAUGUGCAAUGCUUUGGAUUUUGUGUCUAUAGUUAUCAUUGUGUGUAUGUUCAAGAGAGAGAUGGACAGUAAAUAGAUCUACGGGAUAUGUUAUGAGGCGUGAAAUCAUGUUUGUAAUGAGAUUUCUUGUUAAUGGCAGUCAGCCUUCCUUGACGCUAAGCAUUAAUGCAAUAUCCAUUAGUGCAGCUAAACCUCCCUCUGCUCCACUUUCCCAAAUGGGUUUCACUUUGUACCUAGUUUAGCAUUUAUAAAUAUUUGAUAUAGGGUUCAAGAAGCAAUUUACAUGUUAAAAAUAUAUAAAUGUUCUAUGAAAAAAUAACAAGAUUCUACUAUAACAUCAUUCACAAACCAAAACAUGAAAGCAUGAUGAAAUUAGCGCCGUUAAAAUGGCUGGAAGCCUUUGCAUUGAUUUCUCUAGUCUGUGGAUUAGGUCUGUUUUCCAUCUCUCUUUCAGACUGUGUCACCUUUGAAGUCUUUGCAGGCCGAAUGCAGAUCUGUAAUUAGAAAGCACAGUCUCGAUCUUUAGGAGAAUGGUCCCCUUCCAAAGGGCUGGGUUUGUGUCUUUAUGUUUAUCGCUGAAUGCAACCGCUAAGUUAGGAAAUCCCCAUGUGAGCAUCCUGAAAAGACAGAAGAGCUAGCACUGUCUGUGGGACAGCUCUUGGCUUCCGUUCUUCCUCUUCACAUCCACUCCCACCUGUCCCUGAGAUGUCUUGGAACUGAAAGCUAGGAAAGAAAAGUGAAAUCUAGAGGAAAGGAUGUGUUAAAAAUAAGAUGGUUCCUACAACAAUGCAGAACCAUUGUACUAAUCUUGAUUUUUUGCUGGUUUUAGGCAGACUCCUAAUUUGUGUAAUACAAACCCAGGGAUGGUUAUGAUUGUUUUGCAUUUGUUAUGGUUGUUAUGAAUCUGGGUUUGGGGUUUUAUUUCUAGCAGAGUGGUUUUGUUUGCUGCCAUCUUUUGUUGGGGUUUUAUGUGAAGGUUUCAUUUCACUUUUUAUUGAGAAGGAAAUGAAAGAUCACAUAACCCAACAGCAAGCAUCAACAAACACAGAGAUCCUGUCCUCCAUCCCACAGAUGUGGCUUAAAUACUGGUUUGUGGCUUCACAGGCAUAUUUGAGGUCAUCUGUAAUUAGCAACACAGGUGAAACUUUCUUCCCCUUUGCUUACCCGUUUACGGUGGAUAAAAAAAGAAUAACAGAGUCAGAGUAUGGACAAUGGGAUGGCAGAUGUUUUUCAGUGGAGAAAGAUUAUAGCUAAGAAAUACAAAUGUUUCUGGAACCAAAUAUUUUUUCUCAAAAAGACAGAGAGACAUCUGUAGCUCAUUCAAAGACGUCAGUCUCUUCAGAGUGUUCAAUGCUUUUGAAAAUUGCCUGUUUUGUGCUGUUAAUGAUCCAGCACAAGCCCUUCCACUGCAGACAGUAACUGAGGGCACUCAGAACCUAGGUAGAAGAGAAUGUAUGAAAAAUAGAGGUGCUCAGCCAUGAUUUGAGGUGGCAGCUUAGUUUGCUUUUGUCCACUGUGUCCACAACUUGAAUAUUAUUUUAACAGGUGUGUUUGUAUUUAAUUUCUUUUUAAUCCUUUUUUUAAUUGCUGCAGCACUCUCACAGCUUCUUCUCCAAGUGCACCUUAGGUCAUCUUAAACCCUGUUCUGUCUGAUGCUGAUCCUUUUAAAAUCUCCAAAGAGAUUACGAUCCACUUGUCAUUGCUGGAUGUCAUUUUGUUACGGCUGUAUAAAGGCACUGCAGCACACGAAACCGGCAAGUUGAUUUUUGUUAUUGCAUUACUCUGAAAAAGAAAAAAAACCUAAUGAGAUCUUUGUUUCUAGUGUGAAAUGCUCCCCUUAGCUUGAGAGGACGUGUGCAAAGCCUCUGCUCUGAAUGCCUGGAUAUAAUCAGGUUACAAAAUGGAGGAAAAUGGUAUUACAGAAAGAUUCUUGAGGAACAAAACUCCUGUGGAGCAGAACGUGCACUUGCUAAAGUCUGCUCUCUUGCUCUGUCUCUCUCUCUCCUGAAGUCAGUGGGAAUUCUUAAUAGGAGUGACUGCAAGGCUGUAUGGUUUUUUAAUGCACUAGCAGAAGUAAUUUCCCAUCCAAGUCAUCUGCACAGUUGUGGUUGGUACAACAUAAAGGCUGAAGGCCAAAUCCCGCUGUCGUUGCACACAGCCCCUCUGCUUCAGCAAGGAUCAUAAACAUGUACUUAUGUUACUUGAGGUUUUUGCUGAGGAGAAAUGGGAGAGGGCAGGCCUUCCUUCUGCUCCUUGAUCACAGGUUUUGCAUUCCCAAUGACUUUCAUUAGAAGCAUCAUAUAUUUACAUGCUGCAGAAUGAAGCCUGCAUGGGAUGGGAAAGAUUUUGAUGAAUCUAGACCUGCCUAAGAAAACAACCGUUCUAAUUUUAGACAAGUUGCAUUCCAUAUCCAUCUGUUUAGUGCAUCAGUCUGAUGUUUGCUGUUUAGUAAAUUGCAUUUGGACUUUUUUUUUUUAUUUCUUUGAGGGCAUCGCCUGUCAUCAGCCAGUGUAAAAUAGCACCAAGGACUUCCAGACAUACCCAUAGGGCCAAACUGUGCCAGCUUCACACACCAUAGUCCCAUCAGAAGCAAGGAAGGCUGGACUGGGCACAUGAAUUGCAACACCCCUGACAUCCAGUUACAUGUCCUGCCUCAUUUCAUAGAGAUUGGUGACAACAAAAAACCAAAACACAUGGUGCCACUUCAUCUGAGUUUAAAAUGUAUUGAAAUCAAGGAGAUUAUAUUAGACAUGGCUGUAGUCGAUCAAAUCCAGUCCUGUGCAUAGGCAGAACUCCAAGGGAAAGUAACAGGAGUUUCCAUUAUGGAGUUUGCAGAAGGAAGCCUACAUAAUGAACUAUGACAAAAAUGUCAACUUUGUGUAAACUCUCCUGGUGGGUCUGUAUAAAGGCUUUUUAAGAAAUCUUCAUUGGAACACACCAGAGAAUAAUAAACUUGCACCUUGAUAGAAUAGCUUUAUUUGUAUAUACUCUAUGUAAAUUUUAAACCAGAGGAUACAUGUCAUUCCUUGUACAUACCUGACUAGAAUGGUGGCAGUGCUGUGCACUGACGUUUAGGAGAUCCAGCUUCUCCAGUCCUGGAUUUCCAGCUGUAAAGGCUGCAGGAGACUGCUUAGGACCAGCUAAAACAUUGGAUGGAUAGAUGCUCACCACCCACUACUUAGAAAUGCAGGAGCAGGAUUUGGAACAGAUGUUGGCUAUGGAGAAGAUUUCUUGCCUCUACUCCUGACUAAAGGACAAGUGCCUCCUUCGCUGUCAUCUCCAACAGAAGUGAUUUAUGGUCAGAGUGUGGGAACCUUCAGAGCCCUGUUUGGUCUUUCAAAGGGGUCUGAGCUUCAAGUGUCACAUGGGAAGGCCCCUGAAGAAGCAGUGUGUACAUACAUCUACCUACCUGUCUGUCUGUUAUCUAUUAUCUCACUGUUUCUGUAUUGAAUGGUCUCAGUAACCUGUAAAAAAGUGAUUGCUCCUGUUGUGCUACUGCUUUGAAAUUCUUUGCAUGCACUCUGGCAUAUAAUUCUUUAAGAAAAGAAAUUAUACAUAUUCUAUAUAUAUAUAUUGUAGCUUGCAAAAUAUUCAUGUUGAAGAGCCAUGUUUUGUGCAAAUUGUACAUUUAUGUUGUGAGCAAUAUUGCAAUACAAACUUUUAUUAGUUGUUGAUAGUAGAUUUAUCACAUUAUUUUUGAGCGUAUGUACGUAUCCCAAGCUUUUAAGCUCAGGCAUUAGAUCAGCUACUGAAGGGGACUUUUUCUGUGCAGUAGAAAUAGCACAGGCUUUCAGUAAAUAGGCAGGUGUGCAAGUCCCAUUCUGUUUAAUGCAAGUUGCAAGGCUGAUUCUUCAUGCAGUUUGUCAGGUCAAUACUUCUCUCUUGUCAGUGCUGGAAUUCGUGUUUGGUAUGAGGACACUGUUGAGCUCAUCUAGAACAGAACUCAAACCCCAACGUUGCAAAACAAAGUGCUUGACUCCUACUGCCCUCUGUCUCCGCAGGUGCUCCAAUAUAAACACAAGGAGGACUUAAGGAUCUGCCAGUUCCCUGCCAGAUAGCCAAUGUUACAUUUUCAAAUGUUCAUGCUACAUAGUUUUCAAUGUAGGGGCUAGAUAAAAGUGUAAUACCAGUACGGCUUUAGAAAAGCUACAGUGUUUGGAGCUUGACCUUGAAACUUUUACCUGAUUCCAGAACAUCAUUGGUGGCUUUGUUUGCUCAAUGUUUACCUCUGAGAAAUGUAUGCUAUUGAUUUAAAUGUUUAAUAUAUUGACUGCCUUUUUUUGUAUAUUUGUUAUCAUAAAGGUUUGGUUUAAAUGGUAACAAUUGUGGUCUAUUUUCAGACUUGAAAUACUUAACGGUUCUGUAUUUGGAAGGCGAAGUUAUUAAUGAAUAUAGCAAUUUGGUAUUUUAUUCCUGUUUUAUACAGCUGCCCCCGUAGGUUAUUAUCAGAUAGCAAUGAAUAUUGCUGAACAGCAGGUGGAACUCCUUUGAGUGUGUUUAUGAGCCAUCUCUGUUCAAUAAAAAUUCCAUUGUUUUCUAGCCUA